CGCCGCCCGACCGCCGACGAGGGAGCAAUGCUGUGGGUCCUGCUGCUCUACCUGUCAUGUAUUGCAUUACAGCCGUCCAGCGCCUACGUGGAGGAUUACUACUGCGGCGAGCACAACUGUUAUGAGCUGUUGGAGCUAACUCGUGAUGCGACGAAGCAGGAGAUCAAGAGGGCCUUCCGCUCGGUGGCCUCGAAGACCCACCCGGACAAAUUUCAAGACCCAGAGGAGAAGAGGGUGGCCGAGGAGCGGUUUCAACUUCUAUCGACAGCUUACGACAUCUUAAGGGACGAUGAAGCAAGAGAAGAUUACGAUUACAUGCUUGAUCACCCCGAGCAGUUCUACCAAAAUGUAUACCGAGCGUGGCGCAGGCGCAUGGCACCUCAUGUGGACGUCAGAAUCGUGCUUGCAGUUACCAUUUCCUGCAUCUCUUUGGUUCAGUACUAUAAUGGAUGGACAAAAUACGAGGAAGCCAUCAAGCACUUCUCCACCGUCCCCAAGUACAGAAUCCAUGCCAUUGAGAUAGCCAAGAAGGAGGGAAUGCUCAUCACGGACAAGAAGAAGCUGAAGGGCAUGUCCAAGGACCAGAUCAGAGAGCAGGAGGAGAAAGUGAUUCGCCAGGUCAUCGAGAAGAAGAUGGACAUUCGGGGCGUGUAUGCGAAGCCUACGUACAGGGAUAUUUUGUGGGUGCAGCUAGUGCUUCUUCCAUAUUGGACGUUUCAGUACAUUUCCUGGUAUGUCCGCUGGGUUUGGAAAUUCGGCAUCUUACGGGAAGAGUACGGAGAUGAAGAGAAACUUUACAUUAUCCGGAAAAAUAUGGGCAUGAGUGGCGGACAGUUUGAUAGUUUAGAUGAGGAGAUGAAGUUACAGUACCUGGACAUGGAGUUGUGGGUGAAGGAGAAGUUCAAGGCCUGGAAGGAGGAGCGCGACAUGGAGUGGCGGGUGAAAAUGGCGUCGUCGGGCCGCUACAAAUCCUACCGCCGCCACCUGAAAAACAAUGGGCCCGGGCGCAUAUACUUUGACGAUUCUUAGAUUGUGAGCUUACGUGCUUUUGUUUGUUGAAAGCAUAAUGAUAACUUACUUUCACUGAUAAGGGUAUUACCUCAGCCUUCCAAGUUUAGCUCUAUUUGUACAGUGUAAAUUGUAAAUGAUAGCAUUCUCACAGGUCCUGGUUUUGCAGCCGCACAUUCCAGGCCUCUCACACGGACAUGUGGUCAAAGUAGUAAGGUUGUUUGCAAGUUUCUUUUCGUCCUUGGCUUUUUUCGUGAACUACUACUUAAUUACUACUAUUUGUCAGUUAAUGAUUUUUUUUUUCCUUAGAGACUUGGAUCAUUUUUUUGUUUACUGAUGCCAGAUAUGGUGCUGUUACAUUAUAACUUUAGUCUUUGCUGGCCUGAGACCAAAUGGCAACAAGUUUCAUCUGUUAAUACCUUAAGCCAUGAGUGCCAUAUCCAUGUACAGUCAGCUCUAAGCUAAAGAUGUUAUUUACUGUGUAUAUAUAAAUACUCUGAGAGUGUUAACAAGAAUGCCUCAGUAGUUAUUUGGUACUGUCAACUUAAGAGCUUUAGGUGAAUCAGGUUUCAUUCCGUGUCGGCUAAAAUAAUAUACUUAUUUUCCUAAAUUCCCUCGUUUGUUUCUUAAGUUGUGUUUCCUCUGUGAACUUAGUGAUUGCCAGUAAACAGACAAUAGACUAGUAGGAACCACAUCUGUCAUGCCUUGACAUUUUAUAUGAGUGCUUGUCCAUAAUUUAUGGCAACUUUUAUUGUGAAAGAAGACGAACUGUUAUCAGAUGAUUUGCCAGUAUUGUGAAAUGACUACUUGUUGGGAAAUAGUUCAGUAAUUCCCUCUUUUUUUUUCUUUUUUAUUAUGCUGCGAAUACAAGAAGUUGAAAUAGAAUUUUUAGGGACAGUUGUUUAUUAUUAUUAUUAAGAUAAUUAUCAUUCAAAAUUAUAUUAUUGAUAUAUAAGAGAAUAUUAUUCUGGAUGGAUGGGAUUGGUGAAUUGCAGGAGAUAAGACUAAAAGAUGUAGCCGAUAGAUCUGUUCACAGUGCCUGAUCUAUCCUGAGUUAGUCUCACGAUUUACCACUGGUAUGUGAAUGCAUUGACGAGGUGUGUGGAUUUCCUUAAUUUCGUGUCCAUCCAUGUACUUAAUGCCACCAUGAAAGAGGUUAAAGAGCAAAUCCUUUGGCAGACAAACUGAUGGGUUAGCAUUGGGAGAUGUAGUUUGGAUCUGACUUAGUGCUUAAAAGGAUCAUCAUGGUUAUUAUCAUCACCAUCAUCUUUGCUAUUGUUGCCAUUAUAAUCUCUUUUACAAAAAUCAAAAUAUUAUAAUACUACAAUUUCUACAGUUGGUUGUGCGUUUUAUCCUUCUUUUGAUUCAGGGUAAAAUAUUUUCUCUUUUAGUAUGUAUUUCACCAUUAAGAAACUAAAGGUUUGAUUUGUUAACAGGACAGGAGAUGAGAUAUAAGUACCAGUUUGACCUGAUAUGUGACUUGGAUUUUCUGGAUUGCCUUUGGAUUGUGUAUUGUAAUUGAGCUCAAGGACAGUCUGCCUCAAGCCAGAAGUUGAACUAGUUUCAUCUUCUUCCUUGCCAUAGACUGGUUUCAGGUCGCGUAUGGAGGCAUUUACUGGCUAGGUUUUAAUAGAGAGAGCAAACCAAUCAAAUCAGUUUUGAAAUCCUUCACAGAUAUGUUGUAUGGUUUCCAUAAUCUGUUUACUUAAAUGUUGUAUCAGUUGGAUGUAAAGUUUUUUUAUCAGUUUUCCAAAAUGUAUUGCAGUCCUAUUAUGCAAGAACUUCAUAGAACAUUAAUUGAUAGAGAAAAAGAUGUAUAAAUAAUGUAAACAAGAGAACAUGAAUGGCAUGUUCAUAUUUCACAAAGGCUUUAUAAAUCUACACAUCGUACAGAACCAGAUGAAGGCAUGUUGAUGCCUUUGCGCAGCCCAGCAUUGGUGCUUCCCUCGCAUUUCUCUUUGGUUCAAAUAACUUCGAGGUCAGAUAAUCUCACAUACGACAUUUCAUAAUUUUAUACAACAGUAACCUCUUGUGAACGAGUGAUUUCUUCUGAUAAAUGAUUUUUUAUUCUUGACCACUAGAACUUACCUGGCUAAUGUGAAAAAUAAACUAUAUGAAGAAUUACAAGUUACAGAACCGGCUCUGUUUGCACUGGAGUGUGGCAGUGAGAGUUAGACAUGACAGCUUGUGGGAAAAUCUGUGGUGCCCCCCCCCCCCUCUGGCACCCCAUGCAUGCGCAUAUUUUGCUUAAUCUGAGCCUGCCCUUUUGGAAUUGAUUUUUCAAAGAUGGAGGUUGAUUUUAGACUGAAAGAAAAAGGUGCACUACAAAGAGCUUGUAAGUUAGUCAGAAAAAAAAACAUAUUUAGAAAUUGUCAACAUAAAUGUGGCUAGAUUUUGUUAUAAGUAUUUAAUGUGAAAGAAUAAAUGUUGAUGAUACUGUUAAUUGUAGGCCUCACUGCCAGUUUGCUGUUGAAAGUAUUUAUUGCAAAAGGUCUUGACAUUCAAAUGUGUUUAGUAAAAGCUCUCUUGAACAAAAGCCAGGGUGUUAAAAGGGAAGUGAUAACAAUCCUAUAUCUUUCACGAGUGUGCCCUCUUCAAUGGCUGCCCGCUUCACGAGGUAUGUCCGUUGGCAUAUUUGUCUUGUGAUAAAGAAAUAAGGUAAUGGCAAGCAGGAAUUUCUGUUUUAGUGACCAACAGUUUCUUUAUUGUUGGUACCAAUGUUCCAAACAUUUUUUGACAUUUAUUUAUUAUUAUUAUAUUAUUAUUAUUAUUAUUAUUAUUAUUAUUAUUAUUAUUAUUAUUAUUAUUACUGCUUAAUCUGUUUAACUUUUUUUUAUCUUAAAAUAAAUGUAUGAUGUAGGGUAAUUGGUGAUACUGCACUUGAUAUUGUAAGAUGCAAAGUAUUUAAUGGUUGUACUUGGAUGUAGAGAUUAUCGUAUAUGAUUUAGUUUCCAGAUUCUAGCUCUCUGCACUUGUCUCUGUUCUGCUCACCUUGGGAAUGACAAAAAGUUCUUCUAGUGUUUUCUUUCUCCUUUUUUUUUUUUUGUUUUUUAUUUUUUGUUUUUUGUUUCUUGUGUACUGUUUACCAACUCUCUUUUAAGUUCUCUCUCGCACAAUUUCACAAUAAGUACAGUGUUCUUGAGAUUAUUCACAUAUGGUAUUAAUGACUUUGCUUUAGAGUUUUGGAUGCUUACUUUCCACCCUUAGGACCAAGGAGAAUCUCACAUGGUGCUGCGUUGUGUAGUGGGGUCAGGUGGAGCCGUGCUUUCUUUGUCUUUAUCAUUAUUUGGGGUCAUUUUCUUAUUUAUUACUGUUGUUGUAUUACUACUAUUUUUAAUAUUAUUGUCAUUAUCACUGUUGUUGUCAUUAUUAUUAUUAUUAUUAUUAUUAUUAUUAUUAUUAUCAUCAUUAUUGUUAUUAUUUACUAUUAGUAUUGUUUAUUAGUUACUGUUUGUUUUUUAUAAAUUUACCAUCAAUCAUUAUUAUUAUUAACCAUUAUUGUUCUUGUUAUUAGUUAGUAAUAUUAUUUCCUUUUUUUUAAGCUUUGUGUUACAGUUACUAAUUGUAAUGAUCACUGUAAUUUUUCCUUUUCUUUUCUUUUUCCUCUCCAAACUGGGGAAGAACUUUGACUUGAAAAUUGCAUGAGUUGUCUUUUAUUUAAAGAUUUUUUUUUGUUUAAUUAGUUAUUUAUACUUUAAGUGGGGUCUGUUUUUUAAGUAUUGUUAUAUAAGUGACAUUAAUUGCACAGGUGUGCAGGUGCCAUUCAAGGUGCAAGUUGUAGGAAUGGCUCCUGGAUGUUUUGAGGGAAAGAAAUGGAAAUUAUUGUGCAAUACUAUGAUCAAAGGCAGUUACUGUAACACAUUGCAACAGAGACUACCCACUACAUAAGUUGAUUUUGAAUAAAGAAGAAAAUCA